GUGAGACCCCCCCCCCCACACACACACACACACACUCAGGGAGUGUGUUUAUCAGAUGCUGGGUGAUUCUCACCUAGGCUCCAUCAGCUAAACAUAGCUGAGUCUUGCUGCUCAUUUCUGCUUUGUGUUGGAGCGAGUGAAUAGAGGAGGAGAGGAGGGAGUCAGGUGGGUGGAUGGUGAGUCGGAGGCAGCACGGCGUGUGGAGCACAGAUAACAGCAGCUACAGGGAGCUGGAGGGGAGGAGGCAGAUGAAAGGGGCAGAUCAUCUUAAAGCCAAAGGUAAAGAGAAAUGUAGCCGAGGCAGCGAGACGACAAGCAGCCGAGGAACAGCUUUGUCCCUCCCUGCUUUCUCAACGUAGGUCCUCCUGACUGGACCGGUUCUGGACCGUGGUGUUUUCCCACAGCAGCCUUCUCCACGGAGCAGGAGCCUGUUGCCUGGAUACCCCUGCUGCCGCCGCGACGGCAACAAGCCAGGACUGAAGCGUGUGUUUGUGUGGGAUCUUUGGCCGGCGGUGAUGCCACUGGGAAACGGAGAGUUGGCUGACGGUGCGGACGGCUCACCUGCGUGUCCUCUUCCUGGCCGACGCGCUGACAUCGCAUUUUUGACUGGAGAAGGAAGAUCUGGAGGCUUCGACGAGAGCAGGAGCCUGGGUGUGUGAUGGGUUCACUGGUAUCCACGUUCAAACGAUGAGGAAAGACCUUUUAUAGACACACAGAGAAGUGUAGAAAUAAUUUGGCCAGCUGAUCAGAUAAAAGGAGGCGUCAGGGGCCCGGGACCCCGAGGAGCAGCAGGACUGGGCUGGCAGGGUCAGGCUGCGUGGAGCCAUGCAGAUCCAGACCUCCGGUCCACAGUCCAAAGCCUCCAGCUUCAUUCUCAAUCACAGAUGUGUUCUGGCCUCCAAAAUGGAAACCCACCG